UAAUAACUCUCUUGUUUGUAUCUCUUUCUACCCCACUACCCCACCCCUCAAAGAUAGUAGAGAGGGGGUUUACCAGCAUCAACAGCCAGCCCAGUGUUAGAAAAGAAAGACAUAAUGAGAGUAGAAAUAAAAACAAAAGGUGGUAGAUGCAUGAGUAACAACAACUACUUCUACAAACACAAUCUCCACCUCUUUCUCUCUCUUUUUCUACCACACCCUCUUCUUUCUCAACCCUUUUCAACUUGAAAAAAAAAAUCCCUUCUUUUUCCCCCACCUAAAUCCCCAUUUCAAGAUUCUUGAUUUUCAACUACUUUUCCUCUUGUAGUUUUAAGGCAUAAUUUGGUGAGCUAUGGUGAGCAUCCGAAGGCGCAAGCUGUUAGGACUUUGCUCUGGACGAAGCACCUUCUUGGUUCCACUGCCAAAAUUCUCUGAGAAUGGGCACUUCGCAGAACAUCGUUUCUUCAGCAACAGACCCACUAGUGUACACCCAAUGCCAUCAACUGAUAUUGAUGAGUCAAAAGAGAAAAUUGCUGUAAAAGUUAUUCCUGGAUCAUCGAAUAGUCAUGCCUCUGGCUCCUUGAUGGAGCAGACCGCUCAACAAUUUCCAGAAGUUAAACGCAGAAAGCGACACAGGAGAAAGCACUUUGAAAACCAAGAACCAUGUCUCAUGAGAGGUGUCUACUUUAAAAAUAUGAAAUGGCAAGCUGCAAUAAAGGUUGAUAAAAAACAAAUCCACUUGGGUACAGUUGGCACUCAAGAAGAAGCUGCUAGACUGUAUGACAGGUAUCAUACUGCCUGCCAAUUUAUUUUUCUUCACCUUGUUAAAUUCUGCUCCCCCUUCAGCAUGAUGCUAAAAAUUUCAAAUGUUCGACAGGCUCGUACCUUACUGGUAUCUGAUAAGAUGGGGUUUCCUAGGGUUCAUCUACCAAUUUUCAGAAAUUUACAGCAACAAGAUCCUUGUGCAGUUUUAUUGCUAUUAGAUGAUUCUUCUAUGGAAGCUUUAAUAUGGAUGGAUUUUUUCUUUUUCCCUUGUAUUUGUAGGGCUGCUUUUAUGUGUGGGAGGGAACCAAAUUUUGAGCUUUCCGAGGAAGAGAAGCAGGAACUAAGACAAUUCAAAUGGGAUGAUUUUUUGGCAUUUACACGUUCUGCGAUUACUAAUAAGAAAACUCGAAGAAGAAGUGGGGCUGGUGCAAGGAGGAAAUCCGAGCCUUCAACUUCAGCACUGAACAGUGAGGAGGAUGAGGAAGAGGAGGAGGGAGGGGAGCCGGAAAGCAACAGUUUUUCAGCCUCUGAAGAUAUAGAGCACGACAUAUUGUUCUCUUGAUCCCCUCUUCUCCCCUCCAUUUUGUGCAUGCCAAAAAAAUUAGUUCUACUGAUUCUGUUAAGCUGUUCAGCCACGUACUUACAACUCGAUGAUUCUGGUAUUCAUAUAGAUUUACACAAAUAUAGAUGCCCCUAUUAGGGUGGAUGAUGAUACAUUAUUUUCUAUUGGCAAAGUUAAUUGAAUUUGAUAACAAGUAUGAUAUUGUAUAUGCCUCAAGACCUUUUGUCA